AUGGUGGCUGAAGAUGUGGCUGAGAGGAUACGUGUCUACCAGGAGUCGUGUCGAGAUGUCGAGAAAGAGCGUGGGAGAGUCGCAUUGACGGCCGCAGACUACGAGGAAUACAACAGACAGAUAGACAAGACGCUGCGCGGUCUACGCGAGCAGGUCCAGCGACAGGAAUUGGCUUUGAGAAAGCUUCGUGCAUCUGUGAAUCCGCUGGAGUUACCGCGCCCUCACCUACAACCCAAUGAACGGUUGGCACAGACUCGCAGGGCGAUACAAGCAUACAAGUCUCUCUUAUCCGGCGGGGAGCUACAGCUUCCGGCUCCGGAUUCACCGCUGAACGGCCUCUUGGCUAUACAAGAAGCUCAACGGUUGGUUCGAGAAUUCAAACAUACCAUUCCUUCAACGGCGGAGCAGCUCGUUCGUGACCGUGAGAGGUUAAAGGCUGAAGAGGCCAACCUACGAGACGCCAAUGCGAUAACUACUGAACUCCAACGAAGAAUACGGGAUAUACGCCAGAAUGGGGGAGCUGAAGAUGAGGCUGGACGGAAGAAGUCGAAACAAGACUUGAAUCGGGCUGCAAAGGAACUGAUCAAGGAACAACGAAGAAAAGGUGUUGAGAUAGAUGAGAAAACUGCCGAGCUUCAAAAUGCAUUGAAGGAGUUUAUUGAGGAACACCUCGCGCCGAUGCUUGCGGCAGAGAAUAUGGGUGGGCCGGUUGUUGGUGAUCAGAUUGAGGUGUCCGAUUCGGCUCUUGAGGCUGGGUAUACUGCAAGAGGCAAAGAGAGAAAAGCUUCCAGGACCAGCGACAAACAGAUUGCUAGUAGUAAGAAGCAGCAACAACGCAUAGAUGAGCUACUCCAUCGUGGCAAGAGAAGAAGUCGCAAUGCACGGCGUGAUGGAGAGGAUGAGGAGGAAAAUGAAGAAGACGUUGCAAAAACCAGUAACCCAAGAGAAGCUGCUGCGGAGGAAAUGAAUUCUCUCCUUGAGUCACUACUAAACAUAGCGGCUACGUCAUCUUACGUCGAGCUAGACGAGGACUCUGCCGCGUCGAGGUUUUUAGUCAAGGCCAAGAUUGCACAAUUUCACCCGCGAGAUUCACAGAAGCUUCGAUUGAUCGAUGUUGCAAGAGAGUUAGCAGACUAA